UUUGGUAUACUUAAUUAUAUUUAACUAUUUUAUACAUAUCGAUCGGUAUCGUCUCAUUGUCAGAUUUACGCUAAACAUUUACUGUUCCAAAUGAAUAGGUUAACUUUAUAACCUUCUAACUAUAUAUUAUGUGUACAGUUCUACUAAUGUUACUAAUUCUUACUGUAGUAAUGAAUUGCUUAUGAUGAAUAGUUUGUUCAGGUUGUUAUAUCAAUACAAUCUUUGAUCUAAAGAAGUUAUUACGGAUAAAGAAUAUGUUUGGGAAUUAAUAGAGUGUGGCAUCUGAUAAAACAAUGACUUGAUUAACUCCAACAUAUAAUUAUAGAGGAUAAUUGUUUAUUUCAUUUUGAUGCUUAUUUCGCUCAAUGGAAAAUGCAUCAACCACGACAAGUGAUUGUGGAAUUUGACAAGAAUUGUGAGAUUUAGAGCUCUAUUUUGUCGUUUUCAAGAAUGAUAUAAUUUCCAAAGACAUGAUGACUAUUUACUCCUGUAAAAGGCCUCUAUUUUUGUGGAUCUACAAUGUUUAAUUUUGCCAAAUAAUGCGAUGCUGUGUAUUUUUAUUGCAAUAUAUUGCUAGUGAUGAGAAACAACUUAGCAGUUUUGAUGAAAUUAGGAUUGUUGUUCAUUAGCAUCCAGGGAACCUAUGGUAUAAAGUGUUGGAAAUGUAUCUCUGAUGACUGCGAUGGUGAUCCUGAGAACAAUUAUAAAGCGGAGAAGGUCUCGUGUAAACAAGGGGAAAGUUGUUUGAAAGUUUUGUACCAAAUGCAUGACAACAAGACGCGAUAUGAAUCCGUCAUAAGAACCUGUUCCUCAGGAGAAUGUGUACCUACUCCAUUGUACGAAUAUAAUGAAUGUUUGUUAAAAGACCAUGGUUACCUAGUACUUGGCUGUUCACAGAGAUUAUGUUGUCAUGAAAGCAUGUGUAACUCUAGUCAUGUCCUCACCGUCUACAUCCCUGUAUUAUUGUGCCUUCUCCUAUUUAUAAAGAUGAUAUGAUCUAAUUUUGUAUUGCUACAUGUAUGCUCGUUUCUGUAAUUACUUGUAUGACGAUUUAAA